GUUAAACUGCAUAAUUUCUGUGGUGUGGCAGCAGCCAAGGAAGCAUUGUUGACCGCCUUUGGAAAAUCUUCCCUUUUCAUUUCCAGUUGCCUUGUUGAUGGGAGGUCAGAUUCCAGCUCAGCUUUUGUGUCACCAAGACUCAAGGAUAACUCACUCCAGUUCACAGUCGAUGUCUUCAGAUUUACAGGAGAUCCCAGAGAUCUGAUCUACAUCACUUGUCACUUGAAAGUUACUGCAGCUGACCAGGCUCCUGAUCGUGAGAACAAGGCUUGUUCCUUCAGUCAAACUAGUAACCUUUGGAUUCCAGUUGAGGGCACCAGGGACAUCUGUGCUUGUUGUGAAACUAGGAACUGUGACCAAAUACAAGGCCAGCCAAGAAGGUUCAACACCUGGGAGAGAUGGGGCAGAGGAAGAAGAUCUGUUAGAGCAGCAGCUGCUAAGCAUGAUACACUUAAGGAAGUGGAGACAGAUGUAAUGCUGGGCCCCAUCCUCAUUCUUGAUGCCUACCUGACCUCCAGAAGUCUCGCUGGACGCCAGAUCGAAGCAAAGGGAGCCUGGGCAGAAUAUGACUUGUUUCAAGCUCCUGGUAUGUUGGUGGGAUUCAUCUUGAUGGCUCUUGCCACGAUCCUGGCUCUCACGACUCUAGCGAUCUUGUGUGCGAGGAAGAAGCAUCCUAGGUCUUCUUAAGAAGAUGUGGAACUAUGUAUCCUGGAGUUACCAAAACAUAUAUAUAAAUAAAUGAAGACAUUAAUUUGGCUUGUUUGCUUAACUGAGACAGAAGAGGCACAACAUAGAUGCCCUGGGUCUUCUUAAGAAGCUGUGGAACUAUGUAUCCCAGAGUUACCAAAAAUAUACAAAUAAAUGAUGUUAAUUUGGCUUGUUUGAGUAACUGAGGUGGAAGAGGCACAACAUGGAAGAUGCUCUUGGUCUUCAGAAGUUGUGGAACUAUGUAUCCCGGAGUUAUAUAUAUAUGAAUAAAGGAAGAUGUUAAUUUGGCUUGCUUAACUGAGCUGGCAGAUACACAACAUGGAAGAUGCUUUGGAUGGGUGGAUAGUUCCAGAUAUUUGCUCUCAGAUUGAUUAAGAGCAAAACUAGACUACAUUAAGCACCAUGGCUCAGUGUUAUGCAAUCCUGGGAUUUGUAGUUUUGUGAGAUAUUUAGCCUUGUCAGAGGGCU